CCCGGCCCCGGGGCUCCCCGCUCCGCGCAUGCGGGCAAUGGCGGGGGCGGGCCCCACGGCUCGGCUCAGGUUGCGAGCCCGCAGCCCCCGGCCCUGCCUCCUGCCCGCCUCCCCGGGCGGAGAGCGCCUGGCCCGGCCGCCUCCUUCGCCCUCCCCGUCCCCUUCCCUCUCCGCCCCGCUGCCAGGGGCGAAGCCGCCCGCCGGGCCCCCGCGGUAGUGUGGAUGUGCCGUGUUCUGUGGCAGCUUUCCAGCCUGCAUCUCCUGCCUGGCUCCAGUGGCCGACAUAGCCUGAGAGGUGAGGAUACAACAUGUUGGAAGGAACAGAGUCCAGCCAGGGACUGCAGCCAGAAAGGCAGGAGCUCGAGGUUCCUGAUUUACAGCCUCACAGCAUCAAAGGAGGAAAACGCAGUUAAGAAGUCAAAGCUUCUCAUGGAAACAGAGCUCUGCCAGGGUGGCUCCUCUGUUGAUGUCUACAUGACAAAUACACUGUGACGCCACAAAUCCCAUAAACAGUUUAAUGUCCUUCCAGAGACCGCUAGUGGAAGCAUGCAAUAGGCCUUUUUUCUUGGAUUUUAGUACUGGAAAACUCUCUAAUGACAACUUUGCUUAGGAGCUGAGCAUCGUGACGUGCCCUGCUCCUCCCUGCUCGGUGUGGGAACGACUUGAAGGACAUCUUGGAGCCACCUGUACUGCUUCAUGCAGUUAAAGUAAGGUUAAAUGUUUUGGCAGCUCUUUCAGUGUUCAGAGGUCAUGAAACUUAAUCCACAGCAAGCUCCAUUAUAUGGUGACUCUGUAAUAACAGUGCAGCUGACUGAGGAAGAUAAAGUUGAAGAUGAUGUAGUGUUUUACUUGGUCUUCACUGGGUCAACUGUCCAACACUGCACAAGCACAAGAAAGAUAAAUCCUGGGAGUCUGGAGACCAUUUCACCUGGCCAUGACUGCUGUGAGACAGUGAAGGUGGCCCUUUGUGCCUCUCGAGAAGGUCACCCCGUUCUGGUUGUGGCAGAGGAGAGUUUCCAGUUUGUCCAGGAUGAAGCCUACGAUGCUGCCCAGUUUCUGGCCACCUGUGCUGGCAACCAGCAGGCGCUAAACUUCACGCGGUUCUUGGACCGGUCGAGGCCCCCUGCUGCGGAUGUGGACUUCUUGGAUGAGAAAGUGGCUUUGGCCUUUCGGCACCUGAAACUGCCGGCAGAAUGGAACGUGCUGGGAGCGGACCAGUCCCUGACCGAGAACAUCCCUCGGGAAACACUGAUGCAUUUUGCGGUGAGGCUGGGUCUGCUGCGGCUGACGUGGUUUCUGCUCCAGCAGCCGGGGGGAAGAGGAGCUCUCAGCAUCCACAACAACGAAGGGGCAACUCCUGUGAGCUUGGCCUUGGAGAGGGGCUACCAGAAGCUGCACCAGCUGUUGACAGAAGAGGAAGCCAGGGAACCAGACUCCUGGAGCACCUUGUCUCACACUGUGCACUCGGGGGACUACAGCGUGAAGCACCACCGUGGACUUGAUGUUUACAUGCUGACUGCUGAAACCAAGGAAGGGGAAGCAGCCAACUGGGAAAGCGACAUACGGCACCUUCAGAUGCACAUGCAGAGCCAUCAGCACAUGAGUUUAAGGCAGCAUUCAGAGCCUGUGCUGGGAGAUUCUGGAGACAGCUGUGCUAAGGGGCCAGAGCCAGAUGGUUACCCGACGACUACUUCGCAGAACCUGGAAGAACUGGCAAGAGAAGGAAGGCAGGAAAGUCCAUCCGAUCCUGUUCAUCUGGACAUUGGGCAGCUCUCAGACCAAACACACCAGGAGGAGAGGUGCAACAGCAGGAGUUUGGGAGCUUUUAAUGAUGUGCCAAAUGACUUGCUGAGCCUGGGGGAUGCACAGAACCCAGAGUGCUUCUGUGAAAGUAAAAAUGUGACGUUGAGUAAAAAGGAAGAGGAGGGGCUGACCUCCGCUGAAGGCUCUGGGGCUGCAUCGGGUGAGAAGGGCUGCACGGGGAGCCUGUUUGCAAGUGCAAAUGGUGCCGUAAAUCUUCCGUCCUGUGGAAAUACAAAUAAGGAAGCUGGAAUGACAUCUGCUGGAGUUGUUCUGGAUCAAGCUGGCUUGUGCGGUGAAGACAGGCCCCAUCAGGAAGCGCAAGGUGCUGAGGAGCAUUCAGCUGCUUCUGUGGUUGAAACUGCAGGUGAAACCCCAGCUUCCUUGGAGGGCGUGGAUGUGGCUAUGGGCCAAACUGAAUGCAGGAACUGUGCAGGGGCAGCAGAGAGGGCUGGGGGACAGCAGCAGGCAGAGGGUGGGAUAGCUGAGGCCGGUGAAAAGAGGACUGUAAACCUAAAGCAACAGUUGCCAGCUAAGGAAGAGUCAUCCAGUUCUGCUCAGCCCUUACUGAGUGCUUUUAAUGGUACUGAGCAUGCAGAUGGGGAGGAUGAAGAUGUGGGAGUGGUACCAGCAUGUGAUGAUACGAAUGCAGAUGCUGGCACUGGAGAGCUCUCUGAUGACCUGUGCAAGACUGUUGAUAACAAGGAGACUGGAGCAGACUCAUGCACUAAUCAAGUAAACAGUGGCUUCUUGGAAAGCCAAGGUGAUGCCCAUGUCACAGCAAGUUGGAAUGUUACUGUGAGCACUGGGGCAGCAUUGCCAGCAGUGAAUGGGGUGAAGGUUCCUGCAUGUGCAUCACAACCUGCUUCUGGUUUGGAAAUCAGUGGCAAGAGUGGGGAGCAAGAAGAGCAGGUGGAAGCAGGUUGCAUGGAUAGGAAAUCCAGCUUGCCCUCACUGGAAGACAGUGUAGAAACUAAUGGCCCUGAUGCUAAACCUGAAAACGAUGAUGUUGGUGGAUCUAAUGGAAGCAAUGAGGAACCUGCAUGUGGCCAGGAGAACAGUAAGAUCAUUGAACGUGUGGCUGAAGCAAUGGAGGGCAGUGAAGCCCAUGAGGAGGAGCCAGUAGGAACUGAUACCAGCAGCAGUGGAGACGGAGGAAGCGCAGAUUCUUCAGGCGGAGGUCAGGAAGUUGCUGGCGGUUGCCCUUGUGCUGAUCAAACUGUUGUUAAAGAUGAAAUGGGCGACAGCUUCAAACCGGAUGCUGCUCAAGAGAGCGAACAAGAGCCUGCAUCGCUCCCUCCGGAGGUUGCAAGCGCAUGCCUGACAGAAAAAGAGCCUGCACAAACUGAGGUAGCAGGAAGUACUUUGGAGCAGGAGGGGCUGAAUGGCGAGAUGGAAUCACCCAGAGGAGAGGGACCCUCUGUGAGUCAGGAGGGAGAUGCUGCAGUGGCACCUCUGGGGCAGGAGGCAGCUCUGCAAGGUAAUGACCCUGGAUUAGCUCCCUGUGCCAAGGGCGCAGACUGUGCAGAGGAUAAUUUAGUGGGCACACCCUCUGCAAUUCACAUUGGAGAACCUCAACAAAACCAGGAAGCAGUGGCGGCAGCGGCAGGCUCGGCAGAGCUGGCCUGGCAGCACGGUGGGGAGCAUGGCAGCGUAGCUGCUGUUGCUGGGUGGCCUGGGGACCAUGCAGGGGAUGAGGGGUCUCCAGAGCAGAGCCUCUCACAGCAGGCUGAAGGAGGCAAAGCUGAGCCUGAGCAGGAGGCCUGUGCAAGCGGCAGGGAGCAGGUUUUGUUGGAGGAAUUUCUUGCUGUGAAACCCUCUGUCUGCAGUAAGGGGGGGGCUGUGGCAAACAGCAGCGAUGCGGAUGCUGGGCUGAAAGGGGCAGUCUGUGCUGAAGAAGUGUGCAAGGCUGGGGCAGUGGGUGCAGGAGAAGGCAUCAUGCACAGACCUGCAUCAGCAGGUGAGUCACCGGGUGUGGAGAGCAGAUACAGCCCUGGUCCAGAUACAGGGCUGAACCAGGAACAUGAUCCUAGUCAAACCCUGCAACAAACCUCCCUGUGCAGCGGCACCCCUGAGUUAAAGGAUGCUUCAGAAAUGGGAGCCCCGAGCGAUGCCUGUGAGGGUAAGGAAGCGUUAAGGCCGGUGACAAUACCUCCUAUUGCAACGUAUCCAGAAGAGCAGGAGGAUAAGGAAAGCGUGCUUCCCCGCGCAGCGCUUCAGCCCAUUGCAGAGGAGCCCACGUGUGACAGCGACUCCAGCACCGACACUGUUUGUCCUGUCAGCGAGACCGACGCUGGUCCUGCUGCAGAAGCAGCUCAGGGGGAGGUCUCAGCUGGGCCCAGUGGAGAGCAAAGUCAAGCUGUACCUGCAUCGCCCUUCUCACCGUGUUCGUGCCGUUUACGUGCUGUUGAGUCACUGGAAAAUGUGGGAGUGAAGAGUUUGGUUGCGGCAGAUGGUGGCUCGUCUCUGGAUAAAGGUCCUAAAAUGGUGAAGAGUUUUGAUGCAGUGGUUUUUGCAGCAGAGACACCUUGUUCCCCUGAAUUACCAGCCACAGAGAAAGCAGGGCUUGAGCCCCAGGCUGCAGUGGAUGUGGGAGCCAGCCUGGAUGGAGAAAUGGAUGUAAGUUCCUUGACAAAGAAGAGGAACAGCAGCCUGGCAGUGCAACGAGCUGAGCCUGUUACAGGGAACUUGGAAAUGAAAACCGAAGACGAGGUGGAUUUUCUGAAGGAUCAGGAGGAGCGUGCAGUCCGCGAGGCAGCGAUAAACCGUGAAAGCUGGUGUUCGCUGGAGCCAUGUCCCGAUUCUUCCCUGCUGGAGCGCAAGCGGACACAGGAGUCUCCAGAAUGUGAGAACUUCUUGGAGGAUGGGCUGAGUAGCGUCUGUGCCUCGUCACAAGGUGUUCUUAAGAGAGAGUCUGGAAGCGAGUCUGACCUCUUCCCCUUGCCUGGUGAUGGGAUGGAAGACCUUGUCUUUGGAAAGCAGCCUGAAGAGGAGCACUCUGCAUGCGAUGUCACCAGCUCCAGUUCCUCUGCGGAUGACACCAUGUCCCUGGAGAGGAACUCAUCCCUGGGCAGCGACACAUCCCUUCCUUUCCCACCAAUGGGGAACUUUGUCCAGCCCAAGGACAGGCAUAGCCUGGAUGGCAGCUGCACUAACAUGGUGGCCACAGAGGGAGGAGAGAAGGAAGAGGAGCUGGACAGUAUCACAGAUGUGCCCACUCAUUCCUCCGUCUUAAGAAACUCCAUGCGACCACUGUCACCUUUCCGUCGACACAGCUGGGGGCCAGGGAAGAACGCCACCAAUGAAGCAGAAAUAAAUCAGAGGAGUUCAAUGCGAGUUCUGGGGGAUGGUAUAAAGAAGCCUCCCAUUCAUAGGAGAAGUUUGAGCUGGUGUCCCUCUGGCGUACAGUUCAUUGCCAUGGGUCCUGACUUUACUUGUAGAAGUUACAGCCUAGAAGGCCUUGCUGGAGACUCUGGUGAGAGCAAGAAGCCCUCUACAAACCUGGAGGCAGCUUCUCUGAGCUCCAAAGACCUCAGACGGAGUCCGCUUGCUAGCAACCAGUGUGGGUCCCUGGUCUUGCUCACUGAAGAGCUCGAGCAAGGAGAAAUGAGAGAAUACGAUCACCAGAUGCAUCAGACAUCACCGCCACAAGGAUUUAAUUUCUGCUCUUCUGCUGUUUCAUCUCCACUGACCAAAUCUAUGUCUCUAAUGUCAAUUAGUAAACCAGUGCUGGACACCCAGGGCCGGACUCGACCAUCGAGACGAAUUUCCUUCUCCUUCAGCAUCUCUCCACUCAUUCCUAAGUCUAAAACUCUCUUUUCUAUUGGCUCUUCUUCCAGUGAUGAGGAGGAGGAGGUGGAUAGUACGCAGGCAUUUGGCGGCCCCACAGCUUCCUCGGUUCAGAGCAUAUCUGAAGAGAGCAGCAGUGUCCCCGCUGGUAAAGGUGCAACCAAAGUCAGUCGCACCUUCAGCUACCUCAGGAAUAAAAUGUCCAGCAGCAAGAAGAGCAAAGAAAAAGAGAAAGAUAAAGAGAAGACUAAAGAGAAGGACAAAGAUUCCAAGGAGAAAGAAAAAGAUAAGAAGCUGUUAAAUGGACAUCUCUUCACUGCAACCUCCGUUGUAGCCCAAGCAACCUGUUACCACUGUAUGAAACCUUUCAAUAAGGAUUCGUACUACUGUGCAAACUGCAAUGCAAUUGUUCACAAAGGCUGUAAGGAGAGUGUUGCUUCUUGUGCAAAGGUCAAAAUGAAGCCACAGAGAGGGAUGCUGCAGGCACAUGAUACCUCUUCAUUACCCACAGUAACCAUGAGAAACAAAAGCUCCCAACCAAAGGAGCGCCCUCGCUCUGCAAUACUUGCUCCUGAUGAAAACACCGUAACCUCAAUAUUCAAUAACAGGAGAUCACAACAGCCUACAGCACUGUCCAAAAGUGUCUCAAUACAGAACAUUGCAGGAGUUGGGAACGAUGACAGCUUAAUACACACUUGGAAAUUCCUGUCUCAGUCAACAGACUCCCUACAUAAAAUCAGCCGGGUGAAUGAAUCUGUGGAAUCGCUGGUUGAUGAAGGAGCAGACAUGAAUGAAGGACAGCUGAUGGGAGACCUGGAAUUAGAUUCCAAGCAGCUGGAGGCAGAGUCCUGGAGCCAAGUAGUAGACAGCAAGUUCCUACAGCAGCAGAACAAAGAUGUUGUCAAACGACAAGAUGUCAUUUAUGAGCUAAUGCAGACAGAAAUGCAUCAUGUCCGCACGUUGAAGAUCAUGAAUGAUGUAUACAGUGCAGGGAUGUUAAAGGAACUGCAGUAUGAUCAACAAGUCGUGGACAAGAUCUUUCCCUGCCUGGAAAACUUGCUGCACAUCCACAGUCACUUCUUCCAGCGGAUUCUGGAAAGGAAGAAGGAGUCACUGGCAGACAGAAGUGAAAAGAACUUUGUUAUCAAGAGGAUAGGCGACAUCCUGGUGAAUCAAUUCUCCGGGGAGAGUGCUGAGCGAAUGAAGAAAACAUAUGGCAAAUUCUGCGGGCAUCACAACGAGGCAGUAAAUAACUUCAAAGAUCUGUACUCAAAGGACAAGCGGUUUCAGGCAUUCAUCAAGAAAAAAAUGAACAGCUCCCUGAUGAGGCGUCUUGGGAUCUCUGAAUGUAUCCUGUUGGUAACACAGAGAAUCACAAAGUACCCAGUCCUUUUACAAAGGAUACUGCAGUACACCAAAGAAAACGAAGUGGAACAUGAAGACUUGACUCAGUCGUUAAACCUCGUUAAAGAUGUGAUUGCUGCAGUCAACAGCAAAGUCAGCAAUUACGAAAAGAAGAUGCGUCUUGGUGAGAUUUACAGCCGGACAGAUAGCAAGUCCAUCAUGAGGAUGAAGAGUGGCCAGAUGUUUGCAAGAGAGGACUUGAGGCAUCGGAAGCUCAUCCGAGAUGGGCCUGUUUCGCUAAAAAAUGCAGCUGGUCGGUUAAAAGAAGUCCAGGCUGUUCUCCUCUCUGACAUGCUCGUAUUCCUUCAGGAGAAGGACCAGAAGUACGUCUUUGCCUCACUGGACCAGAAAUCCACUGUGAUCUCUCUGAAGAAGCUGAUUGUACGAGAAGUGGCUCAUGAAGAGAAGGGUUUGUUCCUCAUCAGUAUGGGUGUGAAAGAUCCUGAAAUGGUGGAAGUCCACGCCAGCUCCAAAGAGGAGCGUAAUGGCUGGAUACAGAUCAUUCAGGACACAAUGAACACCAUGGAUAAAGAUGAAGACGAAGGAGUCCCCUGUGAGUCUGACUUUGAAAAGAAGGUGUCAGAUGCAAAAGUGAGAGGACUGAAAGAACAACUUCAGCAGAAGGAUAAGCAGAUCCUCCUCUUGCUGGAGGAGAAGGCCAAGAUCUUCCGGGACAUGGCAGACAGUUCUGUGCAGGAGGACAUGCCAGGCUCCAGGCUGCUCUUCAGAGCCAACACAGAAGAGGCACCAAAAGGAGAGGCCAUCAUGAAAACUGCAAUAAAUGAAGUUGAACUGCUGCAAGACCUGGUGAACAGGAGCCUGGGCACUGCCCUCGGACAGCAGGUCAGCAGCACUGCCAUGGAACAAGGAGGAGGAGUUGGCCCCAUCUCUCUCCCUAGAAGGGCAGAAACGUUUGGAGGAUUUGACAGUCAUCAGAUGAAUGCUUCCAAGUCAAAGCAGAAGGGAGGUGUUUCCUCCUGCAGAGAGGUGGAAGGUCCCAGGACGUGGCGCAGGAGAGAAGGUGGAGCGAAAGAUGAAGGCGAGGAUGCUCAGGACCUUCGGAGAACAGAGUCAGACAGCAUUUUAAAGAAGGGUGGAAAUGCUAAUCUGAUGUUCAUGUUGAAAAGGAAUAACGAGCAGGUCCUCCAAACCAUUACCAGCCUCCAUAAGCUGCUCAGUGCUUUGCAGGGUGUUGUGCUGCAGCAGGACACCUACAUCGAGGACCAGAAGCUGGCUUUGAGUGAGAGGGCUCUGACCCGAAGCUUCUUCCGGCCAACCUCACUGCUGGAGCAGGAGAAGCAGCGCAACCUGGAGAAGCAGCGCCAGGAGUUGGCCAACUUGAAGAAGCAGCAGACGCAGCACCAGGAGGAGAGGCGGAGGAGAGAGAAGGAGUGGGAAGUUCGGGAGAAGGAGCUGGCGGAGCAGGAGGCCCAUUUGGCCCAGCGAGAGGAGCAGGUCCAGAGAGGGUGGCAGGAUCUUGAGCGGGAGCGAGAGGAGCUGCAGGUGAAGAAAGCCUCCUACCAGCUUGACCUUGAGAGGCUUCGCACGGCACAGAAGCAGCUGGAGAGGGAGAAGGUGCAGUUCAAGCAGGAUGUGGAGCGGUUAGCUCAAAUGCGGCAGGAGUCAGACCACAACCAGGUUUCAAAUCUACACGAGAAACUUGCGAGAGUCUCGUCCCAGUCCAGCAUCGAUGAAUCCUCCAAGCAGAAGAGCCCUUCCCUUCCUAAACAGGGGCACUUUGAUGCAGAACUGUCUGUUUCCCCUAAAAGGAACAGUCUUUCAAGGACACACAAAGAGAAAAGCACUUUCCAUUUGCUUAGCACAACAAACCAGACUAACAAGGCAGCUGAGGAACAGCCCCAGAUGCCUACUCGCCUCUUCAGUUUAGCCAAACCAAAGGACAAGAAGGAAAAGAAGAAAAAGGGCCGGGGACAUCGCUCCCAACAGUCUGAUUCUCACUCGUCAGAAGCACCUCCAGAGGGUGAGGAGAUCUUCUGCUGAGCACGGAUGGUUCCAUUGGUCACUCUCAGCUUUGGUACAUCUCCCUGCCUGCUCCGCAGCACGGUGCUGGUGCCUGCAUCUGACGAGCAUCUGGAGUUUUUAUAUAUAACACGUUACAAAGUCUGUUCAGUGGUGGGCAAGGGCCUCUCUCCUGUGGUUUUGGGUGAAUUCUCACCUUAGAGGCUGACUGCAUGGCAAAUAGUACCAUCUCUCUGUGCAAACCUUGGGUUCAAUGGAUUGGGAUAGAUGUUUUCUGUCUCUUCUUACUGCUAAAGGAUGUGAGAACAUAGCCUUAAGGGGUCUGUGCCUUCAAAUUCCGCUUUUCCAGGGAACAUAACCAAAACCAAGCAUUUAGCAAAAGAUUAGGACUCUGCAAAUGGUGCGUAUACACUGGCAUAUAUAGAUAUACUGUAUAUAUACAUAUAUGUAUCUAUGUAUCCACUGGGAUAUGCUUACAGUCUGUACAGCCAAGCUUAGCUUGGCCCAUGGGGAUAGAUGAUACCUGAUGACUUUCAGGAAGUGUGUAGAUAUUAAAUAUCUUGCCUUUACUGCUCCUGUUGUAAUGUCAUUGACUUGCACACCUCUUUUGUGCUCAUGGUAUAGGGACUGUUUGGUUUCAGGAAAGUACUUUACACCAGGAAGCAGUAACAGCAAAAAUUCAGAGGGAAAAAAAAAAUCAAAUUUCAAGCUAUUCCAAAAGAUUUCCAUGGGGCAGAGGGAUUUAAAUGUCAAACUGUUUCCAGAAUCAAGCAGAAUGGCUUUGGGUAUAUUUAAAACACUGCAGAAAAGAGCAAUUUGGUAGGCUUGUAAGGCAACCCCAGGGAGCCAGAGCAGACAGUGCUGAAGUGGGAACAACUCUAAGCAACAUCUUUUUUUAUGCAGUCCCUUUGAGCUCCAGGUCAUUCCUUCCCAUCCCCUAAGGAGUUUUUUCUUGCCAGGAUGUAGUUCUUCAGUUGCAUUUGACAUCCGUUCAUUACGAGCGUGAUGACUUGCUGGAGAGAUGGCUGAAAAUCUGUUUUUAGGGACCUUUGUUCUGGUACUUGUAUUUUUCCUGCCCCGUUUUUUUUUUAUGUUACUGUUGGGCUUCUGUUUCUCUGGAUUUUGUCAGCUUCUCUUUCUCGUUUCUCAGGCAGAAUGAGACAGCAGCAAUUUCAGAGCACUUCAGUGAGACAUCGCAGGUCAGGGCCUGAGAGUGAACUCCAAAGAGGCAGCCCCUCAUCCUUAUGCCUAUAAAGCACCAUGCACUUAUUAACCAUUUCUAGGGAGAAAAAUCUGUUCAUGCGGACAAAACCACCGUGGGAUAAGUGCAAAGGUCCAGCAUGGCAGCUCCAUUUCCACCACUAGGCUGAAAGUGUUGCUGUCAACAGAAGGGAAAUGUCCAAGGGUGGCUUUUGCCGUGCUGGCUGAGGAGAUUGUUCAGCUCUUGGAUACAGGGAUGUGUUUGGGGAGGGGAAGAGGAGUGCAGCGAGCCAGAUUCUCUUCCAAAGUCGUUGUUCUUCCAGACCCUCUCAGGGGGGUUACCCCAGCAAACUUGUAAAUGGUUAUGAGAUGCUAUCAGCUUCUGAAUAGCUCAAGGGUUUGCUCAGAGUUUGAAGCUUUAAAGUGCAUUUCCUUUCCUAGCAGUUCCUCUUUAAAAAACAACAGUAUUUCUCUCUUUGCACUAUUGUUUGAUUUCAGUUUGCUCUCUGGCUUCUCACAAGCUCAGCCCACAGCAGUGUUCAGAGCUUGGUGCUGAUGAGUAUCAGUGAGGUGGAUGCUUAGACUGGUCUGUCUUGGUCAGUGCAGGAAUCCUAAACUGCCUGCUUGCUUUUGAAGCUCUCUAAAACGUUAAGGUUUAAAGAAGAACAAAAAGAAGAAAGGAAAAAGGUUUGAGAUUUAUUUUUAUUUUGCUUUUUUUAACUAUUAUUUGGUGCUUGUUCUUACUUGCAAGCAGGGCUUGCAGAAAUAUUUAUCUUUCUGUUUAUUUGAAAGAGUUCUUUUUUAAAAAGAAGUUUACUUGGCUUUAUUUUUUUAUUUCUUUUGACUUUGGCUUUUGUUUGGGGGGGUUGAGGGAUGGUUUAUUUUGGGUUUUCUUCAUUCCCCCCUUGUUUUUUUGUUUUCUUACCAAGACCUUGGUAAACCAAAUGUUCUUAUCUCUGGCUCCUACAAGACCAGGGUUUGGGCAGUGCUGCUUUGCAGCCGAUGCCAUGCUCAGAGUUACGCAAUUUCAUCUGAGAGCUUUCUUUAUGGCAGAGCAUCUUUGGGGCUAAAAAGCCUGGGUAAAGCAAUGAAUUUGGGCAAGACUCCUCCUAUUAGUUAGUUUCUUUAAGUAUUUUAUUUAGGUUUUCUCAUCCCUCUUAGAGGCAAGGAAGAAGCAAAACAUAGAGCAUCUCACAGUGAUGCGAGGGUCCAGUCGCUUCUCCAGUGAGAUGCAGGCAGCUCUUCUGAACCUGAAGAGAGCCAAAGGAGGCAAGUGCUGGUGUUGUGGUGUUACCUUUUCAUCAGAAAACCACCAAUUUCAGAACAUCCUGCCCUGCUAUUUACACACCUGCAAAAAGGACUGUGCCAAGCUGGAAUCUUUGGAAACCAAAGCAGUGCAUGGCUCAUUACUGCUGUGCAAACACAGAUCAGGUUCCCGGUGUUUCUUGGAGUUCCCCUCAGUCUGUAACAGCCUUUGCUAGUAUGAGCUUUUCUUUUUAUCCCUCUGUCUUCUCCCCAGUCCCAACACAUCUUGAAUUCACAACAUGGAAAUGUCCCAUGGCUUUGAAAAGGGCAUCAGAAGGACUCAGGGCAACAGGGAUCUGUCUGCCUGGCUUGAGCAUCUCUCCUGGUCUGUGCAAAUCAAAAAGAGCAUUCAGUGCCCUAAGUGUGAUAUCCUAAGGUCCCUGUGCUUCCUUGUCAGAGCAAACAGGUGUGAGUCAGAAAUACAUUGACCAGAAAUACUGCGUAUCAAAGCUGUUUGUGUCUUAAAUUCGGGUGGACAGACCUUUGUCCCUGGAGGAUGUAUGUUACUGUAUGAUUCACUUUUUGGAAUGAAGCCUUUACUCCCACACUGCUUCCUCCUUCUUUCACCUUUAGGAAAGGAAGGGCUUGUUUUUAUCUCUUCAGCCUUUUAUUUUUCCCCGUCUCAGAUUUUCUUUGGAAAGGCUUGGCAGAGGUUUCCAGAGUCAGAUUCCCACUCUGAUCCCUGCAGGUUGUCUGCUAGAGCAUGGUCCCAGCUUGACAGCACCAAAGUCUUUCCUCUUCCUGGCCUUAAAAUUGCAUUUUACUCCAGUUCCAUGCCUGGCAUCCAUCCUGCAACUGUUGAAAGUGUUAUUUCUUCAGCCCAGCCUGAUGCUGUAUCUGGUUUCCAGAGCCAGUCCUUUUAUCCCAUUUGGAGCACCCAAACCACCCUGAUUCGCUUUGGGCUCCUGGGACACAGAGCAAGCUUGAAUAUGUCUGUGCAAUGCCAUGUUGUUGGAGGGAGAAGAGAACCCUGAGAGGGAUCUUGGAGCUUUCUGUGCUGGUGCUUCAUGGAGGGGAGAAAAUCAGACUCUCUUUUCUUGGACAUUUCUUUGCCUGGUCAUCUUCACUGCCCAGCAGAAGGGUUUCAGUGACCAGGUUGCUGGGAGCACAGGCUCAGAUGAAGUGCAGGAGUGGUCAGUAUUACCUGGGGGUGCCAAAAUACCCCAGAGAUAAAGAGUAGAGCUGUAGCAAAUGGUGUGAGACUCGAUGGAGUUGUGUGGGGUUGGCCUUAACCUUCUUUUAAAUGAAGUGAUCAUCUCAACAUGUAACUUGAUGUCAGUUUGAUGCCAUAAAGCACUUUAAAUGGAAGUGGUCUUGUCCCUUGUUAUUUUGGUUACGUGGAGACAAUCAGCUUUGCCAUUGCUCCCCCCCUCUGCAUCCCCAGCAAAAUCUGAGCUCCAAGUAGGCAUAUUCCUGGUUUUGGUUUGGCUUUACCCCGGGAGGGGAGGAAGGGCCAAGCUUUUUGUAUUAGUUUUAGACCAGAAUGGGUGUGAAUCUGACUACACUCCCAGUGCAGACAGGGUGAGUGGCAGGACCAGAGAACUGGCUUCUGAUGGCUCAGGUAUAUCCCCUAGGAGAGCCCAUGCUGGUGUCACCAUCAACCAUCCUCACAGCGAGUACUGCUGCCGGUGGGGAAGCAGUCCCACCAGUGGUUUGCCCUCCACCUCCUCCGUGGAGAAACCCAAAGCAAAGGAGAUGUUGGUGAGGUGUGACCGAGUGAAGUGAGGCCCUUUCCAUGCACUAUUUCCAUGCACUGUCCAGGCCAUUGGAGACCUCCCAGGUACCAUCCCUGGGGCAGGAGCUCUCGCCACUCCUGAGGGUGGACUCUUCACACUUGAAGUUUGACCACUGCUGAGAAGCACAGUAAUGCCAUUAGCUUGUGCAGAUCUGUACUGCCUUUCGAAGGCAAGAGCAUCCAUGGAGUCCGAUCAUCUUUGCACCUUCUUGAGGCGCUAGGCUAUCUCAAAGCUGUUGAGGAAACACACAAAUCUAGUCCUCCCAAAAGCCCCAAGUCAGAAUAGGUUCACCAGGUGCCAAAUCCCAAGGAAAAUGCAUAGGAUAUGUGUGGCACGGGGCAGGGGAGGACUGGGCAGGGGGCACAAGAGAGAAUCUGCUAAAAUCCCACAAAACAUUCCUUGUUAACCAGAACUCUGGAAAUUAUUCUGCCUGCUGGCCAGGUUUGGGAAUUGAACAUAAUUUAAGGCACCCUUUUAAAUAGGGAAACCUCCCUGCUGCUCAUAACUCUUGCUUCACUUGUCAGAAGGGGCAGCAAGCAAUGAUUCUUGAUCUGGUGACGCAGCUAAGCUUUAAAGAUAGGUGAGCUGAACUGGCUUUUAAUCCCAUACCCCUCGUGCUCUUCAGCCAUGGGAAGCAUGAUGCCAGCUCCCUUCCCAGCUGCAUCCUCAGGGCUGGGUGCCCUUCCUUUCCACACACAUUUCACUGACACUGAUGCUUUGCCCAAAUAUAUCCAGCUUCCGUUGCUUGGGGGGUGGGGGGAACAGGAUAACAAUCACUGCUUCGCAUACAGCUACGAGCUUGGUAUGUAUUUAAGCUGUCUAUAGGUAUCCAUCCUUUCCAUGUUCUAAAGUAUUUUACUACUUUCUUUAUUGAUAUUAAACACUGUCUCAAAACCAAACCCCAUGAAACCCAUGUCCAGUUCAGCUUGCCUAUGGUUAAAGUUUAGCCUGGAGUUUAUUUUGUACUAAUACGGAAUGCACUUGAGUAAUUCCCAGAGCGUUGAGGAGGUGUAUUACAAGAACCCGAUAUACCUCUGCUUUUGGUUUGUUUCUUAAAAAAAAAUUGAAAAUAAAUAAAAAUGCUUUGCAUUUUCAUGUUGAACCUGUUAAAAAAAAAAGUUAAAAAAAGUUGAAAAAAAAAAAAAGAAUUUUUAAAGAAGAGGGUAAACCCUAAUUGCUGUAUGUUAAUUUGUAAUUAUGUACAAAGUGAGCAGGUUAUUGACUGUAAAAUUCUUCAGUUUUUCUGUAACUUGCCAGAAACCAUUAGGUUUUGUAACAAGCUUUUAUUUAUCUUCCUUUUUAGUUAUCGGCAUCAACCUCUUGUAAAGUCAUUUUUUUUCCUCUAAAUAAAUUUGAUUUUAAGUCUG